GGUCACUUCUUGUUCCGGAGGUGCCUCGCGGCGGGAAGUGAGGAGGGGGAGCGUCAGCCCCAAGGCUUCCCAGGCGAGGCGCCGCCCGCGUCUCCCUCCCCCCGUCCCACUGGUGGGGAAGAGGACAUGAAUGAAAGAGGAGGCGAGCUGAGGCUUUUCCCCGCUUGCUUGUGCGCAAAAAAGUUUUUGAGCAGCACUUUUAAAGACACAGCCUGAAGUAACGUGACCGCCUUCCUCCCAAGACUGCGCGCAGAAGAAGGCCGUUGCUGUAAAAUCCAGAAAGCCACCCCGUUUGUUCAAGGGAAGAAUGAGGUGGGAGAAGAAGAGGAAAAGGCUCCGCUGACUGAGCUCUGACAAAGACUCCCUGUGAUUUUUCGGGCUGCUUCAAAACUGGGGAGGCAAGCGGAGAGCUGGACCGAAGUCCGUGCAGAAAGCCAAGGAUUCCGACGACCUCUGAGGGGGAGGAUGGGAACGCGAUUCGGCCCCUGAUGGGGACUGGACGCGGGUUCCCAAGCUCUUUCUUCUCUCCCGCCCUCAGCCCAGGAGGUAGCCAUGAACCGUUCCGCGGACCAGGAGAUGAUUGAACUCAAGAACCUGGGGCUGGAGGAGCAGCUGGACCUGACCCGCGGCUCGCGAGGCGCGGCCGAACGCCCCGUCCGCUUAGAGCGCGCCAACGCCUUGAGGAUCUCUCCCGGGAAAGUGCCCGAGAUCUUGACCCGCGUUCGCCAGAUCCGCCUUCUGGGCGGCCAGACCGAUCCCAAGUUGACCGAGGAACUCGGCGAGGGACAUCUCUUCAGAUCCUGCACUCAGAGUCAACCCACCUGGUGCGAUCUGUGCGGGGAGUUCAUCUGGGGCGUCUACAAAAAGCGCCUCCGCUGCAUCUAUUGCAAGUUCAUCUGUCAUUACCGAUGCCGCGCUCUAAUCCGACUUGAUUGCAGGGGUCCCAGAUAUAAAAAUGAGCAGAAUGAAGGAAAUGAGCAGACAAUAGAAAAAGACACCAAUGUGGAUGAACAGGUUGACUGGGAGAAACCCAUUCUGUCUCAAGCUGAGAUUGAGCAAAAGAUAAAAGAAUAUAACAGCCAGAUCAACAGUAACCUCUUCAUGAGUUUGAAUAAAGACGGUUCCUAUACUGGCUUCAUUAAGGUACAAUUAAAGCUGAUACGGCCUGUGUCAGUACCUGCCAAUAAGAAAGCACCCUCAAUCCAGGACACUAGGAAGAGUUCUGUGCGUAGCCAGGCUGUAAAGCGCCGGACUUCAUUCUAUUUACCCAAGGAUACAAUCAAGCACCUGCAUAUAAUUUCUCGUACACGGGCCAGUGAAGUCAUUGAAGCCCUGCUCAAGAAAUUCAUGGUUGUUGACAAUCCCCGCAAGUUUGCCCUCUUUGAAAGAACAGAAAAAGAUGACCAAGUAUAUAUCCGUAAGCUUUCUGAUGAGGAGCAACCCCUGCGUCUCCGGCUGCUUGCUGGUCCUAGUGAAAAGACACUCAGCUUUGUUCUAAAGGAAAAUGAGACUGGUGAAGUCAACUGGGAUGCCUUUAGCAUGCCUGAAUUGCAGAACUUUCUGCGUAUCCUGCAGCGUGAAGAAGAGGAGCAUACUCGGCAGAUCCUGCAGAAAUAUGCCCAUUGUCGCCAAAAAAUGCAAGAGGCUCUGACUGCUCGCACCCCAGGUUGAGAAAAUGCUGCAUCCCACACCCAGCACUGCAGUAAAGAGCAGUGGCCAAGAGCAGUGAAGCCAAGUGGACUGCAAGUGAAGUGAUCCUUCGACUGUCUGUGGGAUGAAUGUAUCUCUGGAGGUGGUGGGGAAGGGACAGCAGGGAUGUAUGGAUCUCUUUGUGAGCCUUUGAUGUGUGUGCUCCCAUGGAGUGAGUGGUUAAUAAAUGCAUAGCACAUUGGGAUCAGGUAAGAAAAUAAAAAGGUGUUUGCAGGGUGUGUGUGAAGAUGAGAACUUUAGGAGCUCUACUCUAGCACUAAAUGCCAGAAAGCUAGUGCCACUUUUAUAGUAAAAGACUUGCCGAGUUAUGCUUCUCUGGGAUUGGAACUGGAGAGGAUUUGAGGUUAACAUAAAUAAAAACAAUUAGAGUGGCUUUGAAUCCAGAAGUAUUCCAGGAAGAGAGACAUCUAUGGCACUUUCCUUCAAAAUAUAUAUAUUUAUAUUUUUAUAUAAGGUAGCUAACUGUGAGAUUCUUUUUGAGGGAUUGGUCUAAUGCAUUCAACCCUGUUUUAGCCCAUCUUUGGUAUGAACUUCAUGGUCAAACUAAGUCAAAUCCGCUGCCUCUCAGCUAAAGUCAUUGCUAAGACUGAUCAUGCAGAGAAAUGGAGAAUAAAGUUUGUCUUCUCUCAGGUAGAAUUAUAGAAAAGCAGCUGACAUAAACAUUGGUGGUGGGUUAUAAAAACAAAAUGUAAAAAAAUCUUGCCAAGAUAUCUCCUUUAUUUUGCUCUCCUUACAAAAAGCAUUGAGGCUAGUUGCCUAACAAAUCUCAGAACUCAGGCUUCUCUUCUGGUUUAGAUAAUCAUAGCUUUUUAUAUAGGCACAUGCAUGACUGAGCUCUUGAUGUAUGGCUGUGGAACAUCUUUGUUUUGGGCCGGACCUAGCAGAAAAUUCCCUGGGUAGCUGCAGAGAACUUCUGUGCUAUGGGAAGCAUGUGUGCUGCUACAAUAAGCCUCUUUAGGAUUUAACAAUCAAGUAUAUUUCCAGAGCACUGACAAAUAUUAAAAAAACAAACCUAGGCCUUUGCCACUUCUGGAGAAUCCUGUUACUAUUGUUAACUAUCUUGGAAACUGAAUGGAUUAACUGGGAUUGUUCAUUAAUUGUUUUGAAAACUGAAUGGAUAAAACGGGGGACUAGUUAGGUUAUGAAUGAUACUGCUUGUAUACCAAUCAAUAAAUGAUUCAGGGAUUUGAAAUAUUUGGUGUAUAGCCUUUUUAAAACUAGUUUCUUGCUUGAAGACUAUGCCCAGAAAUGGCAUCUGCAUGUAGUGUCACUUGAGUUCCUGCAAACCCUGUUCAUAUGGUGUGUAUUAAUCCUGACCCUCUGCCGUCCUUGAUCCUGUAAUUGUUUGAUGUGACUAAAAAUUAGCUGGAUUCAAGUAUGUUCAGCCAAAUGUUUUAGUAGGUACAGCAAGCAAACCUGAAUAAAUUUGUCAAUGACUUACCAUAUAGUAUAAACCAAGGCUUGUUUCUCUUGAAAUAAGCCAUUUAGAAAGUUUGGUGUGGAUUCUGGCUGAAGUGUUAUUGCUGCAACCUUUUGUGAACUACUGAGAGAUGACACGAAUCCUAUCUUUUACCUCUUUCCAACUAGGAUAAAACUUGGCAGCUACACUACCAUAGUUAUGCUGACCUGAAUUACUGCAUUGAUGUACUAGCUCCCUCUUACAUAGUAGAUCUUAAAAUGUUGGUC